AUGAUCAGUCGAAUUCGACCGGAGAAGUUUAAAGUCUUGUCACUUACUACUAUUGCAUCGCCACAUCGAGGUUCAUCCGUGGCAGACUAUGUAUUUGACCAAAUUGGAGCUGAACGACUACCACAAAUCUACUACGCUCUCAACCGACUAAAUGUCGAAACAGGCGCAUUUGGACAACUGACUAGAAAAUACAUGACCGAGACCUUCAACCCCAAUGUUCCAGAUAUAGAGGAUGUCAGGUAUUUCUCCUAUGGCGCAGCAUUUGAACCAAGUAUCUGGUCCGCCUUCCGGAUGUCCCAUCGAGUUCUCGCCAGCAUAGAAGGACCAAACGAUGGCCUAGUCAGCGUUUCCAGCAGCCGCUGGGGAGGUGAAUCAGGAUACAAGGGAACUCUAAUGGGCGUGAGCCAUCUGGACCUAAUCAACUGGACGAACCGCCUAAAGUGGCUGGCCGGGGAGGUGACAGGCAACAGACGAAAGUUCAAUGCUAUUGCAUUUUACUUGGACAUUGCAGACAUGCUGUCCAAAGAGGGACUUUGA